AUGGCAGUCGUCAUCGGAUGGCAGUCGUCAUCGGAGCGUCGUGGACUUUCUUCCAGAGUCAUGUUGCUCAUGUGUAUAGCUUGUAUCUCCCCACAGACGGUGUCAAUUGUUGAUGCCUGGAUUUUGGUCUUCCCUGUUCUCUCCAAAAUGUGCACCAAACUUGAUGAUCAAGGGAYCAAAUACCUGCAAAAUCGAGCUGAGAAUUCUAUCACUAAAGGCGCAAUUAUCACACCCCAGAUGGACACUAUAAAGGCACGUGCACCUAAAAAGACGCCUGACAAAAAGUCAAAACGUGGCAAAACAGAGAACGAAGAACAGGUGAAAAAGAGGAAAGACCAACCGAGUAAAACAAAAGGGAAUGAUGAAAAGGUUGCCGAAAAGAAGAAACUCAAGGAGAACAAUGGGUGGCUAAGUGACAAGUGCGAGGAUGUUCAACAAUCAAAUGACGGGGAAUCACAGGAUGAUAAUGAAUCUUCAGACGAAUACAAGAUAAACAACUCCGAUCAUGAGGAAGAAUCAAUGACAGAAUCGAAAGAGAUAGUUUCCCAACCCAAAAAACCAAAGACUACAAAACAAAUCAUUGUCAAAAAAGACCCUACAAAGACAGUUCCAACCAAUGAUAAGAAUAAAAGUCAGAAGGAGAAGGCUACAAKCGUGCUGAAGCAACAAGACGAGGAUGAAAACGAGAUAGACAUAGAUAGGGUAAAGGGGGGAGCACACAUAAGAAAAGUUUAUUUUGAGGGGGAGAAGUCUGUGACAAGGAAACACCUAAACCUUGCUUUCGAGGUUAACAAGAAUGCACAUGAAGAUGAUAUGGUGAAGAUGGCCUAG